UCCACCCGCCUCCUUCACGCCGCGCAACGCAGCAGCCGUUUCCUUCCACAUCCAGACGCAGAGAGAAGGGAAAGCAGCGAGCUUUGCGAAGGCGAUUCAUCAGACGACUACAAUGGUGGACGUGGACCACCGGAUGGCGGGUCUAGCCCCGGCAGCGCACGCGGCCGGCCUGCGCCGCCUGUCCACACGCGCGGCAGCUGGCCCCUCCUCGGCGUCAGCGUCUCCGCGCCACGGGCUCUACUCCUUCACCGCCGUCGCCUCGUCGGUGCUCUCCCACCUCCGGUCGUCGGGGGUGACCAUCCUGCCGGGCCUCUCGGACGCGGAGCUGGCCCGCGCCGAGGCCGAGAUGGGCUUCACCUUCCCGCCGGACCUCCGCGCCGUGCUGGCGCUCGGGCUGCCCUCCGGCCCGGGGUUCCCGGACUGGCGCUCCCGCGCGGGCCUCCGCGCGGCGUUCGACCUGCCCGUGGCCGCCGCGUCCCUGCAGAUCGCGCGGGGCGCGCUGUGGCCGCGGUGCUGGGGCCCGAGGCCCGCCGACCCGGACCGCGCCCGGCGGCUCGCGCGCUCCGCCAUCCGCCGCGCGCCGCUGCUCGUGCCGCUCUUCGACCGCUGCUACCUGCCCUGCCGCCCCUUCCUGGCCGGCAACCCGGUCUUCUUCGUCACCGACGACCGCGUCCUCUGCUGCGGCCUCGACGUCGUCCACUUCUUCACCCGCGAGUCCUCCUUCCUGCCGAUGGACAUCUCCUCGCCGCUGGUGGCGAACCCCACUUCCGGUUCCGGCACGCCGUGCACGCGCCGCAGCCUCGACGCGGCCUGCGGCGGGCAGGCCCCGCGCUGGAUCGAGUUCUGGAGCGACGCGGCCUCCGACCGGCGCCGCCGCGACUCGUCAUCCUCGGAAGCCUCCACGGCCUCCACCUCCUCCUCCUACUCCUCCUCCUCGCCACCGCGGAGGUCGACUCCUCGCUGGGUCGACACGUACCUCGACAGGCUGGGGUCGGUGCUGAAGCAAGGCGGGUGGAGGGACCGGGAGGUGGACGAGAUGGUGGAGGUGGCCGCCUCCGGGAUGUUCGACGGCGAGGACGCGCCGCCGGCCGCCGACGCGGAGGUCGUGCUGGACACGCUGCUGCUGAGGACGGACCGGUGCUCGGACUCGCUCAGGCGGGCCGGGUGGAGCUCCGAGGACGUGUCGGACGCGCUCGGGCUCGACCUCCGGCGCUGCAAGGAGCCGCACCGGAACGCCGUGCGGGUGCCGCCCGAGAUCGCCGCCAAGGUCCGGCGCCUCGCGCGCGCGGUGGCCAGGUCCUGAAUCCUGAUCGAUCUCACCGGCGCGGCGUCGCCAGUUAAUUAGAUUUUUUUUUUGGUUUGUCCCCUCGAAGGAGGGAUUAAACAACACUUGUGAAUGCUAGCGAGGAAAAGUAAACUGGCCCAUGUUCGUGUGCAUGGAUACGCAAGUAAAUUAAUCCGUGUUCACGUGCAUGUCGUACCGUUCAUUGCAAGGAAACAAUGUCCCAGAAA